GUGAAUCACCCAGCAACCCCAUGGCUGCGCCUGCCCUGAAACCUCCGAAGAUUUUGAAGCGAUGGUACCUGGCGUUUUUGGCCUUGGCAGUGCCCAGUUGCUUCGUUGGCGGCAUCAACGGCAGUGUGGGUGUCCGGACCAAUCUGAGUGCUGAAGACCAACGGCAUCCAACCAGGACACAACGUGCCAGCAUCGAGUCUGUGGUGAAGCAUCCACGACUGCCGGUAUGGCCUGCUUGGUUUGGCAUUGUCUAUAUUCUGAUGGAUCUCAUUCUGGGCAAACCCGCCAUCGCCGCCAAGUUGGAGGAUCGAUUUGGUGGCCGUGUGUGUCCGAUGAUCUUCCGAAACACUGAGUCGACGGAUCCCUUUCUGCUGGUGGCACAUCAUCGCCAUUCCUUUUUUGCCUUUGAUCCAUUUCGAUACCUGUUCCGCUUUCUGUUGCCCGAGGGUUUCCCAGCCCAUCCCCACCGGGGCUUCGAGACGGUCACCUAUGUGCUGCGGGGUGGCCUCGUUCACCGCGAUUCCAUGGGAGUCAAGAAGUCGUACGGAGCACCGAAGGAGUCCCCGGGCGAUGGGGAGGAUGCAGCUGUCCAAUGGAUGACUGCUGGCCGCGGUUUGUUGCAUGAAGAAAUGUGGCGGACCGGGGAUACCUGGGACAGUUCUGAUCAGGAGCUCUUUCAGAUCUGGGUAAAUCUCCCGAAACGUCAUAAAAUGGUCGAUCCGCACAUGCAGAUGCUGGGAGUUCCAUCAUCAAAUCUUUCUGCCAAUCAGCUUGGAACAUUGCCCACUGAAGUCCAUGAACGAGGUCCCGUCCCGGUGGCCCAACCUUCCAAAGGGGUUACCGUUCGAGUCGUUGCUGGAGAAGUUGAUGAAGUGAGUAGUCCAAUCGAGACAUACUCAGAUUUGGCCAUCCUGCAUGUCUCAUUGGAGCCGGGGAGUUCUUGGACAUGGCCCAAACCUGUGGGAUGGACGUGUCUAUUGUAUACACGAAGAGGGGAAGCAAUGGUGGCAGACGAAAAAUUGCCUGUGCAUCACACUGCAACCUUGACACGCUCCUCGAGUGAUGUUACCAUUUCCGUCGACUCAGAGAAGGCAGAAGUCCUGAUCUUAUCAGGUGCUCCACUGCAGGAGCCCAUUGCGAUGGGUGCCAACAUCAUCAUGAACUCGAAUCAGGAGUUGGCAGAAGCGAAUGGGGAUUUGAGGGCCGGCUAUUUUGGCCCCAGCUGGGAGCAUACCGAAGACGACACUGAGUGGAUGAGGACCAUUCAGGAACAUUGGAGAUACAUGGCGCAGUCUUUCAAGUGAGCCGAAGCGCCGAAUGGAUGGUGAAUCCAGUGAAUCCAAUCUCUUCAUCAUGGGGUAUUUCAAUAGGAUUUGCUCAAUGAAAAAACUCCCAAAACUUGUGUUGUGCAGAGACUUCCGUCGGAAAAGCUUUGGAGUCCUGUCGAGGUAGCAGUGAUGGAGAUGGGAACAAAGUUGCGGUCCCAUCGGUCCUCCCGACUGAUUCCGUCAGCGGCAUUGAGAAAA